GAGGGGAUCCGUGCAAGAGGCGAGAUCACCCGGAUCCAGCGGAGCCGCAGCGCGCAGCCGCAGCGGGAGAGGCAGCACAGCCACGGGGGGGCGGAGGCGAAGUGUGAGACAUGCAGGAGGCUGAUAACGACGAGAGGGACAUUCAGAUCCGAGCAGAUGCAACGAGCAGCCAAGUGGAUCCCGGGAUGAGAAGAAUCUGAGUCUUUUUGCCGCGGAUCUUCCAGAGAAUUACGCACGAAGCGCUGCUCCAACUUUUACGCACGGACCUCUGGACUUGUGGGUUUUUUACUCAUGCUACAUUAUUUAUUAAGAUUUUUACACUGAAGUGCGGUUUUGAAACGGGAGCUCGUCACCUGAACCGUUUAACUGGAGUUUUGACUUUAUCGUGGACUCAUCUGGCACCGUUACGCGUUCCAGCACACGGGUUUUCUAGAAAUCUCACAUUUGGAGACAUUAUUUUUCUUGGGGAUCAUAACGCGGACUCCUCAUCACACUGCACUGGUAUAACUGGAACUGCGUCGCUGUAGAUUCCCCCAGUCACAACAGCUCGCAUUCACGCACCUGUCCAGCAGCUCCCGUGACGUCUCCGCUUGUGAGCUUUUUGGGUAUGGACACAUUCAGACGUCUCGCCUGCCUGUGACUCACUGUGAGCAAACAUUUGUUUUUGCGCUUCAAGGCAGUGGCACAUUGCGCUGGGGAUAUUUUAACUGUGCGCGUCUCGCACGGGCACAAGCGGCCAGCGCGCGGCACCGGGACGAGGAUCGGUGCAGCCGGGGGAUUGGACGCCGACGUGCUAAAUGCCCAGCCGGUCGCUUGCGGCUCCUCAGGCUGGGCGGCGACAUGAGGUCCUGGGUCCUGCUGCUGCUGCUGAGCGCGCUGUCAGCGGCACGUCUGAGGCUCGGCAGCGCUGAGGGCGAUCCUCUCCCUCCGUCGCUGGUCGACCUGGUGAGGAAUUCUCCCAUCGCCUCUGUGGACCAGCUGAAAGUGCUGCUGCUGCAGGAGGCCAAUGCAAUAGAAGAGGAAGAGGAUGAGCACGACCUUCUCACAAACCACACCCACGGCAGAUACACCAGAAGUCUUGUGGAGGCGCAGCAGGCACAGAUGGCGGUCUGUAAAAUUCGGACGGAGGUGAUGGAGGUGACCCGGUCCAUGCUCGACCGCCGCAACGCCGACUUCAUCCUGUGGCCGCCGUGCGUGGAGGUGCAGAGAUGUUCGGGCUGCUGCAACACGAGGCACCUGCAGUGCACCCCCACCGUCACCUCCAGCAGAUACCUGAAGGUGCUAAAGAUCCAGGUCAUCAGGAGUAAAGCUCACUACACCAACGCCAUGAUAUCAGUGGAGGACCACGUCAGCUGCAGAUGCCUACCGGCCACAUCUUCCUCAUCCUCUUCAUCCUCCUCGUCCCUUCCCGUCACUAACCCUCCCGUUCAGAGCAACCCCGACCCCCCUCCGCCUCCACCACAGCAGCCUGCCCCCUCCUCCCACCUCCCCCUGCCCCUUCCACGAUCUGUCCACCCUGCUCCGCCCAAGAGUCACUCCUCCAAGGCCGACCUCCAUCGCCACGAUGACCUGAAGCACAACCAGCAGCGCUACCGUUCCGAGGAGCGCGAGCCGGCGGCCAGGCAGUGGCAGCAAGGCAGCUACACCCAGCUGGUGCACUGGACACAGCCCAGGGUGCACCAGGGGCCCGCGCACCAGCCCAUCGCCGGGGUGCUGGGAUCCGUGAGCAGCUGGCCGUCGGAGGCGAGGGCGGAGCACAGCGUCAUGGGAAGUACGCAGCAGCUCGGGGGCGGGAGCGGGUCUGAGGGGAGCAGGGAGGAGGGCAGCGUGGCCUCGAACACUGAGGGGCGUCAUCCGGAUCACGCCCAGAGGCAGGAGCAGGUACUGCAGCAUCAGCAGAGACAACAGUAUCAUCAUCAGCCACAUUAUCCACAGCCGUACAGCCAGGGAGGAGCCGAGGAGCUGAGGACGCAACAUCGACUCAACGCUCCUCAGUCCGACAGCGCCUCCCCCCCCGUCAGCCCGACACUCCCACCCGCAUCAGAGCAAACCCCCACCCUUCCGCUAACCACCAAUCAGAGAGACUCAGUGACCAGCCAAAUAAUUACACAGGUCACAAAACAGACUGAGACUGAAGCAGUCAGUCAAAAAGAAGGGAGCGGGAAGGAGGAGAGUGGCUCGGCCAACAGCGGGUUCCCGGCCACUGCUGAGCCGGCCAAUCAGGGGAGGGAGACAGCCUCUAAGCCGACCAUAGAGGACGGUCGUUUAACAGAGGAGGAGAGGAGGCUCAGACUUCUAGAGAUGGUACAGAGCGAACCGAAUAAACAGACUCAUCUUCAUCCUCAUCCUCCUCAGCAAAGACCAAAGACGACCACGUUUCUAACAGUCGUGUCUACUGUGGCCCCCGUGUCCCCCGCUGUGCGUCAGGCCCCGUUCCGCCCGGCUUCCCCUCGCCGCAGGAGGAAACACCGCAAACGCAUCAGCAAAGCCGCGCUCAGAGCCAUGAUCAUGUAGAGCUGCAGGAAAGCUGAUCUAAAGCUUUUGACCCGACACGUUGCUCCAAGCAGAGAGAUGAAGAAUGUGGGAUUCUUGAAUGUGCCACCGGUCGACUCUGUGGACAGAGGUGCUGCUUUUCGAUUGGACGGCUCCGGACUAAGUUACCUUUCCUGCUCCAGAGCUGCCGCAGAGCGUCCGGCUUCGUGGAUCUGAGAAGAAAAAACAAUUUAAAAGUGCAAUCUUAUGAACUCGAUGGACUGGAGGUUAUACGUCACACUGAACACUGGAUCUAUACAACAUCCCGUUAACGUGGAUUCGACGGAAGUUUGUCAGAUGCCCAAAGCUAAACUGGUGCACCCUUGCAGUCGGCAGCCAUUGAUUGGCUCCUCUGACUUCCAGCUCGACCACUGAUUGGUGGAGCCGACGAUGACUCGGACUAAGACGUCACCGUUUGGGGCUUAAUGUGCAACAGGGGCUGAGAGUGGAGACGUGGAGAACUGGAUUUCUACACUGGGACAAUAACUGGAAACGCAGCUGAGGCCUCGACGCCAAAACAUUACUGUUAUCUUUCAAUGUCUAACUGUAUCUAACACUGGAGUAGCCGCUCACUGAUCGUUACACUGACCUUAGAGAAGUACUGCGCCGUGUACUGUAGCUUCAUGUACUGGAAAAUAUCAAUAACCUGCUCUUUUUGUACUACUGCCGGAUCCAAACGGAAUAACAAAUGCCUGCCUAGAUAACAUGUUAUGAAUAUCCACGUUAAAGCAAGUCUUAAAGAUCUGGCUGUUAGAGAUCGCUGUUAUAGCCAACACUGUAUAAAUGCUUUAGAAAAAAACGAUAUCCGGGGGGGGGGGGGGGGGGACAGAGAAAAACUUUAUUUCUUAACUUAUUUAAAAAAAAGUGUAAUUAUUGUUGCAGACAUGUUUCAGAUUAUAAUUAUUGGUUGUACAACUGUUACUGUUAUGAAUGUUAUUUUUAAUAUAAAAAUAAAAAUGCUCAACAAAUAUA